UAAAAGAGGCUAGGAGAACCAAUACCUUGACAUUAGCCAUUUCUAAUAGUGUGUUUGCUUUUCUUUUGGCUUGGAAGGCUGACAUGGAGAAGGGAAUUGGUUUGUAGUUUUCUGUUUGUGUGAAGCCUUGGCUGCUUUUGAUCCACUUGCUGUGUGUCUCAGAUCUCUGAAGACCUGUUCUUAUUCUGAACGCAUUCCCGGAUUUGGUUGUUCUGUUUGGUGAAGAGAAUGAGUAUAGAAGAUAGCACUAACUUCCUCAAGGCACGGACAUGUGUUCUCAAAGUGAACAUACACUGUGAUGGAUGCAAGAAGAAGGUGAAGAAACUGCUUCAUAAGAUUGAGGGGGUCUACUUGACCUACAUAGAUGCAGAGCAGGGGAAGGUGACUGUCUCAGGCAAUGUUGAUCCUGCCAUCCUUCUAAAAAAGCUAAACAAGGCUGGCAAGCAUGCAGAGCUCUGGGGCUCAAAGAGUGGAAAGAACUACCACCUCAGCGACCAGCUUCAAAAGCUCCAGCUUGAGGAUGGGAAAGGGCAGCAGAAAGGCAAUGGCAAGCCCCAAAAGGGUGGUGGAGGAGGAGGAGGUGGUAGUGGGAAAGACCCGAAGGGCCAGCAACCAACUCCACAGCAGCAGAUGAAAGGUCUCCAAGAAAUGAAGCUCCCCCAGCUGAAGGGCCUGAAACUCCCCUUCCAAAAGGAUCAGAAGUCCGUCGAGUUCGACCAUCCUCCCGAGUAUGAUGUCGAUGAGGAGACCGAGGGCGAUGAGGACGAGGAGUCGGAUGACUUAGAUGAUGAUGAGGACUUCGAUGACAUGGAUAGCUUCGACGACGACUUCGAUUAUGAUCCCAAGAUUAUGAAACCAGUGAUUGUUCAGCCCUAUGGGAAUGGGAUGGCUCAUGAUAAGAAGGGUGGUGGUGGUAAAGGUGGUGAUGGUGGUGGUAAAGGUGGUGAUGGUGGUGGUGCAGUAGAAAUUCCAGUGCAAAACAAGGCUAUGGGUGGUAAUAAUGGGCAUGGGGGUGGUAAGAAGGGUGGUGGUGGGGGAAACCAAAACCAAAACCAGGUUGGUGGUGGUAAAAAUGGUGGUGGGCCCCAAGAUGGUAAAAAUGGAGGGGGGAACAAUAACAAGGGGGCUCCCAAUGGCAACGGCAAUAGUGGGAAUAAUGCUAAUGGCGAUAACCCAGCCAACGGAGGGAAGAAGGGAGGUGGGAAGAAUGAUGUGUUGGGAGGGACCCAGCCAAUGGGCAGCACCAACAUGAUGGGCCAGGGAUUAAUCCAAGGCAUGCAUCUGGGUCGGAUGGGCAACAUGCAGCCUGCCCCAGUGAGCAAUUUGGGGAAUAUUCCGGCCGGUGCUGCAGUUCAGGGCCUCCCGGCCGGUGCGGUGCCCCCCGGGUACUUGCAGGGAGGCAUGGUGGCACCAGAGAUGAUUGCUGCUGCUGCCAACCCCUACCAGCAGCAGUACAUGGCAGCCAUGAUGCAGCAGCAGAGGAUGAUGAUGAAUGGCCACGGCGGCGGCGCCACCUACCCACCACCGCCGGCAUAUGGUUAUGGGAUGCCCCUAUACACACCGAUGGCGCCGCCUCAUGGGGAAUCAUACACCAACUUCUUCAGUGAUGAGAACCCCAAUAGCUGCUCAAUUAUGUGACCGAAGGAAGAGCUUGAUUGCUUGGUGGUGUUUCUUCCUCUGUUUCUUCUCUCUUUAGGUUCCUUUCUUCUUGAAUGCAAGAAGAUACCAAAGAGGUAGACCCAGGGAGUCUGCUGGAUAUACUUGAGAAACAUGGUUAUUUAGUUUCUUUUUACUUUUGUUAAUUUCUUUUUCCAUCUUCUUUAAAGAACUUUUUGCUUGAUGCUGAAGGACAGGUAUAUUUAUGGAUCUAUAUAGGAUUUAAAUGGAAGCUUUAGGGAGUUGAAGGUUGGUUAUAAUCUAAUGGUUUAUAAGAUGUGAAAGAAGAAAGUGAACGUAAUGACGGAGCUAGAGUUCUGCUGGCUUUUAACAUGUCUCUAUAAAGUUGAAAAUUGAUAAUAA